AUGUUACGACGUCCAAUACCCAUUGAAAAAAUGGUGCAAGAAUUCAAGAAGAAUCACCCAAAUUCUCACUUGUUCAAGAUAGACAAUUUCUCUCUAAUCACGAAGUAUAAGAUUGAGUGUAUGGAAUCUUCUGCUUUUGAUCUCUGUGGUCGCAAAUGGAAAAUCGUUCUGAAUAUUGAGGAUGAAAAGAAUGUCUCCGUUUUCUUAGAGAAUCAAGAUCCAGUAGAGGAUGAGCUCGAGUUUCAGGUCUAUGUCGUAAGUCAGUUAAAGGCAGAAUGGUACCCCAAAAACACUGUAAAAUGGGACUUUAAUGCAACAUCAGAACCGAUAGAAAAAGGGAUUACAAAUUUGAUGUCACUGAGUGGUCUUAAGAGCAAAGGGUUCCUUAUUGGAGACUGUUGUAUGUUUGGUGCCACUCUUCCUGAUCAGUUUCCUGAGAUACCUGGAACAGCUGAAUGUUUUAGUUUAAUUGAGAAGCCUCUCAAUAACAAAGUCACUUGGAUGAUGACCAAGUUCUCCUCUUUCGACCCUGAAAAGGCUCAUCUCUCCAAUCCAUUUGUCGUCGGAAACCGCACAUGGAGAAUAGAAGUUCAUCCAACAGGAUGUUUCGAAGUAGACGGCGAAUUUUUCUCUGUGUAUCUAGUGGGAGAAGGGUUUAUAAAAAAUGCACCAAAGACAGAGACUUACGCGAAGUUUAAGCUGAGAGUAUUGGAUCAAGUUAACCGCAAUCAUGUUGAGAAGACAGAUUGGAAAUGUUUUAAAGAAGAAUUUGAUGACGGUAAUGGUUUUGCUGACUUCAUGCCUCUGUCGAAACUUUGUGAACCUUAUUUGGUGAGGGAUAAGCUUUACGUGGGAGUUGAGUUUGAAGUCGUUUCUGUGACUAAAUACGUAUGAACAUCCUCCUAAUAUGUGGGAAGGAUCCAACACUAAAAUAAAAUAAGAAAUAAUGUUGUGUAAUGUAAUAAAUCAAAAUGCUGGAGAAUAAGGGUUUAUGUAGCGUCACAGCCUGAGGACGUGGAGGUGCCUAUAUAGUAAACAAACUCAUAUGUAUCUUUUACUCUUCUUUUUUUAUGAAUAAAAAGGAAGAAAUAAUCUGCUUCUAGGAAUCAGAUCUUCCUGCUUUGUAUUUGCUUCCAAGUUUAAUAAACUUU